AUGGUGACGUUGACUCGUCGUAUGUUGGGUGUGUCUGCGCAUUUGGGUAAUCCACCUGUGCAAGUGACAGCAGAUGAGCAAAAUAUUGCCGCACUGCGUCGCUCUCAGUAUGCCACUGCCGCAGAUGAUCAAACCGAUAGCAACGGUCAAGCCCGUUUUACUGUGUUUGGUGUUGGUGGUGCAGGUGGUAACGCCGUACAACACAUGCUUGAGUCAGAUAUUCAAGGUGUAAAAUUUGUAUGUGCCAAUACGGACAAGCAAGCGCUAGACCGUAUGAAUGCACAAUUCAAAAUCCAGUUGGGUGAGCAAAGUACCCGUGGCUUGGGUGCGGGCGCCAACCCAAAUGUAGGUCAAGCAGCGGCUGAAGAAAGUCGUGACUUGAUUCGUCAACACCUUGAAGGCACUGACAUGGUGUUUGUGACUGCGGGUAUGGGCGGUGGUACAGGUACAGGUGCAGCACCAGUGGUUGCUGAAAUUGCCAAAGAAAUGGGUAUCUUAACCGUAGGCGUGGUAACGACACCAUUUAACUUUGAAGGUAAGCGUCGCCUUCAAUCUGCUGAGCAAGGGAUUGAAGCAUUAGAAGCGCAUGUAGAUUCUUUAAUCAUCAUUCCAAACCAACGCUUGUUGAAAGUUUUCCGUGACAUCUCAAUGAAAGAUGCCUACAAAAAAGCCGAUGAUGUUCUUCUUAAUGCGGUACGUAGUAUCUUUGAUUUGGUGGUACGCCCAGGUCAUAUUAACCUUGACUUUGCUGACUUGAAAACUGCGAUGAGCACACGUGGUUAUGCCAUGAUGGGUGCGGGUUUAGGUCGUGGUGAAAACCGUGCACGUCAAGCAGCUGAACAAGCGAUCCGUAGCCCAUUGCUAGAUAAUGUCACCAUUAUGAAUGCCAAAGGGAUUCUGAUUAAUGUGACGGGUGGUGAUGACGUUACCUUUGGCGAAAUUGAAGAAAUUACCGACGUUGUGAACCAAAUUGUCGAUCUAGAUGAAGGCCAAGUCUUCUACGGCACAGUAUUUGAUCCAGAUGCGCGUGAUGAAAUCAGUGUGACUGUGAUUGCAACAGGUUUGACUCGAAAUUCAGCAGAUUCUGCUGAGCCAGUGAAGCGUCCAAAUGCACAUGUGCAGGUAGCACAACAUGGGCAUGCAACGCAAGCGGUUGUUGAAGAUGAUGAUGUGCCUGCAAUCCAGCGUCAGAACCAAGACGUGGCUGCUGCAGCGAAUUCUGCAUCGACAGUAACCAAGUUGACUAAUCAUCGCUUGAUUUUCGCCGGUAAUCGUCAAAAUACCAUAUUGAUAACAAACAACCUGCCACUGCUCUGGUUGCGGUAG